AUGAGGAUGGCACGUCCUUUUACCUUCCACCUACGCGACGGAGUGAAAUGGACCGACGGAGAGGCCCUAGACGCCGAUGACGUGCUGUACAGCAUGCUCCGCUACGGCAACCCAUGCAACGGUCGAGGUCGCUCGGGACUGUGGCGGACCUACACCGUCCCGAUGGAGGUGUUGGCCCUAACAGACAAAGCCGAUUGCACUCCGACCAACGCCGACGAAGUUGUCCGCAAGGUCGACGACCUGACCGUCGAGUUCAACCUGGCCUUCGCGUCGGGGGCGUUCAUUAACUUCCUCGCCAUCGACUACGUCAAGAUACUACCGAAGCAUAUUCUGGAGCAGGGGGUUGACCUCAAUCAGGCAGAGAACAUCCUUGAGCACGGCGCCACGUCGGGGCCGUUCAUCCUGGAAGAUUACCAGUCGGGGAACCACUACAAGGUCAACAAGAACCCCGACUACUUCAAGGAAGGGUUCCCGUACUUUGACCGGAUUGAACACUAUAUCAUCACUGUGCCGGCAACCUUCAUAGGCCAAGUGGAGGCGGGGCAGAUUGAUAUGCAGAAUGCCGCCGCCAACAACCUGACGGCACCGGAGAACUAUGCGAUAGAAGUGACGACCAACAGCGAGUACGUCGCCCACGAGGUGAUAGGAGGGACCCGCGGUCUGAUGCUCAACGUGAAGCGUGAGCCGUUCAGCGACCAUCGGGUACGUCAGGCCAUCAACCUGGCGGUGGAUCGGCAGCAGGUGAACGAGCGGACGCUAUACGGGUCCGGCCGCGGUCAUUGCCCGCUGGUGGGUCUGGCCCACAAGUACGAGGAGUGCGAUACCUGGCCGGGGAUACGCGCCAAGACCGACGACAGCGGGAAUCUAACUCCCGGCGGACAGGAAGAUAUUACCCGGGCCAAGCAGUUGAUGGCGGAGGCGGGCUACCCCGACGGUUUUGAAAUUACGUACACGGCGAGGCAGGUGGGCACCUACCCUGCGGAGUGCGCGGUGAUCAAGCAGGACCUGGAGGAAUAUUUGGGCAUCACGGGAGACAUUGAAACCCUGCCCAGCGCCGCCGGCUACGCCAGGUAUGGCACUUCUCGUCCAGCCGACGCCCAAGGCGACUGGGACAUGGGCUGCCAGGCCGACGGUAUGACGGUGUUUGACGUGGACGCCGUUUACGGGGGUAUGUUCCUGAAAGGCGGCACGCGCAAUUACACCGAUUGGGAAGCUCCUGAGAUUAACGCUUGGUUUGAGGAACAGAAAGUGGAGCUUGAUCCGGAAAAGCGCCGGGAGAUCAACAAGGUAGCGGAGCGCUGGCUGCACGAUUUUUCCAACAACCACUGGGUCAGUCUGACCCUGGGCCGGAACUUCUGGGUAGUAAACCGCGACAUCAAAGGGUUCAACGCCCCUCAGACCGUGCAGUAUGGCUUCAAGCACGAGCAUCUAUGGUGGGACCGCUAG